AUGUUCCGCAACCACGCAAAGUACAACAGCAGCCAGUCCAGCACCUACACCAAAAGUGGACGGUACAUCCGGAUCCGCUAUAAUGGCGGCGUGGUGCGGGGCGUCACGAGCAUCAACAACGUGGGCGUCGGGCCGGCCACCGUGACGCAGUACAAGUUCGCUGAAAUGGAUCACUCAGACGGCAAUCUGUUUAAGAACGCCAAUUAUGACGGCAUCUUCGGCCUGGCCUUUCCCAGCAUCUCACAGAACAACCAGUUGCCGCUGUUCGACGCCAUGGUGAAGCAGGGAGUGGUUGGACGAGCCGUGUUCUCGCUCUACCUGCGUAAACAGCCUAGCGAGCAAAAUGGCGGAGAAGUUUACUUCGGAGGCAUCAACACACGGCGCUACACGGGCAGAGUGCAUUGUGUUGCCGUGAACAAGGCCCGUCACUGGCAGGUCACCAUGGACAACGUGGACGUACAAGGCACGAAGCGCUGCACCGGUGGCUGCAAUGUCGUGGUUGAUUCCGGAACGUCAUUCGUCAGCGGGCCCAAAGAAGACGUGGAAACUCUGCACAGAGUUAUCGGUGCCAAGCGCACGGGUACUGGAUAUAUAGAAGUAGACUGCAAUGGGAUUUCUAAAGUACCAUCAAUCAUCUUCAAUCUGAACGGGAAAGCCUUUCCGCUUAAAGGAGAAGAGUACACCAUCAGAAUCCCGGUGGAGGGUGGCGUACACUGCUUUACCCGAAUCUACAAGUCGGAUGGAUCGGGAUCGCCACUCUGGAUUCUGGGCGCCUUGUUCACGCAGAGUUACUACACCGUGUUCGACCGGAGCCAGAACCGCGUCGCGGCCGGAUUCCCCACUGCGGUCUAGUCGAGCGUUUUUCAAUUUUUUUCCCCGUCUCCAGCAUGGGACGACGCGUCGCUGCACUGCACGGUGGAACAAGUGCCAGUUGUCAGCCAAUAAAAGUAUCGUUUUGCAACAUGGCGUUUGUUGCCUGUCCAUACAUCAGCCGCCAUGCAGGUCACUGCAUGUGCACGGAUGCGAAUGACGCGUUGGGCCACUGUGGCUUUCUCGUGCCGCAGUGCGCACCAUUGAACAGGGACUCGCGCCACGACCCCGCUCCACACCCAUGUACUCAAAGUGAAGCACCGACUCGCCAGACGUGACAUACUCGCGUCCCGUAUGUGUUACCCGCACACCAAACGCCCCACGGCGGUCAACUCGCGCGUGGUCGGAACAGCUGCGCGA